AUGUAUUUCAAUAUUCUGCUCGUCAUGAGUGAUCAAUUGAUGAAUAACCUUUCGAUGUUCUCGAACUUCAUUUCCUGUGUCGUCCACACCGACUGUACUGUUCUUGGAUUCAAGCUCUUGUGUCUCCAACUUCACGAGACAUCAGGUUCCGGCUUCAGAUUCAUAGAAUCUUCAAUUUCGAUUGUCUUCGAGACUUCUCUUCGUUCGACCGGCUCCCAGGAUUUGCAGAUCGCUGUGCUGAAAGUGAUCGAAUUCGUCGUCGCUGAUUUCUGUUGUUGUAGAUUCUUCGAGCAAUCUUCGAGGAAUCGUCUUCUUGAAAGUCGCAGAAGCGCUCUUCGUGUUCUUCUAUCCAUUGUCCAGCUCGUCGUCGUUGCUUCGUUUGGAUUCGAAGUAAGAAUUUUUUUAGUCUCCAUGUAG